AUGGACAGAGGUGCCAUUCCUGCAACAACUUUAUCUGGAACAAUUUCGUACAAUUCGACAUCACCAAACAUUGCUUCAACAAGUCAAGUUGAUAGACGACCUGUGAACAACAAUGCAAAUGACAUUGACCCUCCAGCAGAACAUGAAGAUCCCGUUGGUUUCGAUGCCAUAAAUUUGAAUGAACCUGCUGACGAUGAUCCAUUAAUUGACAAUGAAGAUUUGGAAGAUGUUAACUCAGAUGAAUUAAUGAACGACGUUGCUGCAGCUGGUCAUGCAACAGCCAUGUGGGACAUGGGAGAUCCUACUAACGAGUGCGAGCAUUGCGGAGCCAUGUUCUGGUAUGAUGAAAGAAAGAGAAGGAAAGUACCUACAAGAACACCAAAAUUUCCUCUAUGCUGUUUGCAUGGGAAGGUUCAACUACCAUUGCUCAAAGCUGCACCUAAAAUACUCCAAGACUUGCACGCAAAUGAAACUGAUAAAAGCCGACAUUUCUUAAAGAACAUAAGGAUGUUCAAUGGAAUGUUUGCAUUCACGUCUAUGGCUGGAAAGGUGGACAAAAACAUAAACAAUGGACGUGGUCCUCCAAUCUUCUUGCUCGGAGGACAAAAUUACCAUUCUAUUGGUAGUCUCAUACCUCCAGUUGGUCAAAGUCCCAAAUUUGCCCAGCUUUAUAUUUUUGACACUGAAAAUGAGGUUGCUAAUAGGAUACAAGCUCUCAGGCCAAGCGGUGAUGCUCAUAAGUUGGAUGAGCUAAUUGUCAGAGACUUAAAAAACAUGCUAGAUGCAGAGAACCCUUUGGUUAAGUCAUACAGAUAUGCUAGGGAACAAUACAGAUGUGGUGAUUUUUCUAAUGUCAAGCUAAGGUUAAUUCGGCGGAGGGACAAAGAUGGGAGAACUUAUAACCUUUCCACAGCAUCUGAAGUUGCUGCGUUGGUGGUGGGUGACAUAGAUGCUACUGUUAAGAGAGAGAUCAUUGUUGAAACACAAUCCAGGUUGAUCAAGCAUAUUGACCCUACAUAUCCGUCAUUUCUUUCACUUCAAUAUCCACUAUUGUUUCCAUACGGGGAGGAUGGAUGGAGACGAGGUAUUUUAACUAAAGAUUAUGACGCACCUGGAAGAAUGAGAAAAAAGGAUGACAUUGCCAUGCGCGAGUGGUUUGCAUAUAGGUUGCAAGAAAGAAAAGGGGAAUCACCUAUUGUUCUUCAAUCUAGGAGACUGUUCCAGCAAUUUCUGGUGGACUCUUAUACCAUGGUUGAAGCUGAUAGAAUGCGAUAUUAUAGGACAAUACAGCCGAAACUGCGAGUGGAACGUUACAAGGGAUUGCACGAGUGCUUGGUCCGUGGAGAAACAAAUGCAGCUGCAACAGGUCAGCGAAUCAUAUUGCCUGGAUCAUUUACUGGAGGGCCGAGAUACAUGUUCAACAAUUGCAAGGACUCAUUUGCCAUUUGUAGAUAUAUCGGAUAUCCUAGCUUAUUUAUCACUAUGACAUGCAAUCCAGAAUGGCCUGAAGUCAAACGUUUUGUUGAAACACGAGGUUUGAAGCCUGAGGAUAGACCCGACAUACUUUGUAGAGUUUUCAAAAUGAAGUUGGACGAACUAAUUGCUGACUUGAAGAGCGGAAAAGUGUUCGGAAAGAUUAGUGGAUAUUCAAUCACCAUCGAAUUUCAAAAGCGAGGUCUUCCCCACGCACACAUUUUGGUCUUUGUCCAUGCCAAAUUCAAGCCCAAGACCCCCGAAGACAUCGACAAAGUUAUAUCCGCAGAAAUUCCAGACCGUACCAACAAUCCUGAAUUAUUUGAGGCUGUGCAGAAGUAUAUGAUUCACGGACCAUGCAGUGUACUAAAUUUGAAGUCACCAUGUAUGAACAAUGAAAAAUGCUCUAAGUUCUUUCCUAAAGAGUUUAGGACGAGGACCAUUAUUGAUGAUGAAGGUUUUCCUAAAUAUAGAAGAAGAGAGGAUGGCAGGACUGUCAAAAAGGGCAAAACUGUGCUGGAUAAUAGAUAUGUUGUACCAUACAACCCAUUGCUACUCCAAAAAUAUAGAGCUCACAUUAACGUUGAGUACACGUGCCAGACAAGUGCAAUAAAAUAUCUUUUCAAGUAUGUCCAUAAAGGCAACGACAGAGUGACGACUGAAUUUUACCGAACUUCGGAUUCAAGUAAUCCAUCCCAGCGAUUGUUUGGAUUUGAAGUGCACUAUAGUGAGCCUCCAGUUGUGAGGUUGCCAUUCCAUCUUCCAGGUGAGCAAAGCGUAGUGUACAAUGACGGUGAGACAGUACAUGAUGCAAUUGAAAAGGCCGACAUUAAGAAAAACAAGUUUAUAGGUUGGAUGGAGGCUAACCAACUUUAUGCGGCUGGACAAGACAUUACUUAUUCAGAAUAUCCCACCAAAUUUGUUUGGAAAGACGACACAAGAGAAUGGCGCCCUAGAAAACAGGGUUUCUCAAUUGGUAGAAUUUCACAUGUGCCUCCAUCAUGCGGCGAGGACUAUUACUUAAGGAUCCUUCUGAACGUUCAAAAAGGUUGCACGAGUUUUAAAGACAUUCUCACUGUGAAAGAAGUGACCUACAGUACUUUUAAGGAUGCGUGUUGUGCUCUUGGUUUGCUAGAAGAUGACAAAGAAUUUGUAGACACAAUAAAAGAGGCCAGCUUCUGGGGGUCAGGAGAGUAUCUUAGAAGACUGUUUGUGGUGUUGUUGAUGUCUAACAACAUGUCAAAUCCCGAGGUAGUUUGGGAUAAGUGCUGGAAAGAGCUUUCAGAUGAUAUUCUCUACAGACAAAGAAGACGCUUAGAUUACCCAGGACUGAAUCUAACAGAUGAUCAGAAAAAAAACCUGGCGCUCGCUGAGAUUGUGAACAUGCUACAAAACAAUGGCAGGAGCCUGCACAAUUUUGUUUCCAUGCCUUAUCCUUCAGGCAUUGUUGUCGAAGACGUUGGACAAAGACUGAUUGUAGAGGAGUUGAAUUACGACAGGAAUGAAAUGAGUGAAUACUUGGACCAAUGUCUCUCCUCAAUAACUGACGAACAAAGGCAUGCGUAUGACAAAAUAAUUAACGCCGUCUAUGGAAACAAAGGUGGAUUUUUCUUCCUGUAUGGCUACGGUGGGACGGGUAAAACCUUUGUCUGGAAAGCGCUUUCAGCAUCCAUUCGAUCAAGAGGUGAUAUUGUUCUCAAUGUGGCUUCAAGUGGUAUUGCUGCACUGUUGUUGCCUGGAGGAAGGACGGCGCACUCCAGGUUCAAGAUUCCCAUACCUAUAACUGAGGAUUCAACAUGCAACAUAAAGCAUAACAGCCCUCAUGCUAAAUUGCUGAUAAAGGCGAAACUGAUCAUUUGGGACGAAGCUCAUAUGAUGAGUAAAUGGUGUUACGAGGCUUUGGAUAAGUGCUUGAGAGAUAUUUUGAGGUUCACCCCAGGAUAUGACUCCAGCUUGCCGUUCGGAGGAAAAGUUGUGGUUCUGGGCGGUGAUUUCAGGCAAAUCUUAUCUGUAAUUCCAAGGGCAUCCAGGCAAGAUGUCAUCAGUGCAACAAUAAAUUCAUCCUAUCUAUGGCCUUUUUGUGAAGUUCUUUGUUUGACAAAGAACAUGAGACUCCUGCAAGGAUCUUCGUGCUCAAGUGCAUCAGAUAUAGCAGAAUUUUCAGAAUGGUUGUUGACUAUAGGUGAUGGCAAGGUCGGACAGCCAGUUAACGGCGAAUCAGAAAUUCAAAUACCAGAUGAAAUCCUUAUAAAAAACUCAGAAACCGGUUUUGAAGACUUGGUCAAUUAUACCUACCCUGAUUUGUUGCGUAACAUGUCUAACUCUGAAUACUUCAGGGAAAGAUCCAUUUUGGCCCCCACGAUUGAACUGGUUGGAAAGGUCAAUGAUUACAUGUUGUCUCGGGUCUCGACAGAAGAAAGGGAAUACUUGAGCUCUGAUUCAAUAUACAAAGAAGACGGCAAUGUUGAGAGUGAACUGGAUGCAUUUUCCCCCGAGGUAUUGAAUGCGAUGAACUGUUCAGGACUGCCACCGCGUAAGUUGAGUUUGAAAAUUGGAGUCCCAGUAAUAUUAAUGAGAAAUAUCGACCAGUCCAACGGAUUGUGUAAUGGAACAAGAUUGACGGUGAAGAGAUUUGGAGACCAUGUCAUUCAGUGCACCGUUCUAACUGGGACUAAAGCUGAAUCUACUGUACUGAUUCCUAGGAUGACCAUGAAUACAAAUAACACAAAUCUACCGUUCCAAUUUCAGAGACGGCAGUUGCCUAUAUGUGUCUGCUUCGGUAUGACGAUAAACAAAGCGUAG